UUGCUAAAGUAGGCAGCACACUUAGUUAGUGGAUUAGGAUGUUAAGACUAGCAUGGCGUCGGUCGACGUCCAGAAAUAGCCGUGUGGAGCCUGCGCGUCUUCUAACUGCAGCUUUCUUGGGAGCAGAAGGUCCACAGCAGAGCUCAGGGGGUAACGUAAGGUGCUUCAGACAAAUUCCCCACCCACCAAGCGACAAGUCACCGCUUCUGCAUCCCCUGCCGGCCUACUGUCUCAGUUCACCUGUCUAUAUAAGCAUGGCGUCGGGGGACGAAGGGUCAUCAUCCUCCCCUCACAAACACACCAACAGGCUAGCAGAUGAGAAGUCGCCCUACCUGCUGCAGCACGCACAUAACCCUGUUGACUGGUAUCCAUGGGGACAAGAAGCUUUUGACAAAGCAAAGAAUGAAGACAAACCCAUCUUUUUAUCAGUGGGUUACUCAACAUGUCAUUGGUGUCAUGUCAUGGAGAGGGAGUCUUUUGAGGAUGAGGAGGUCGGCAAAAUCCUCAGUGACAACUUUGUCUGCAUCAAAGUAGACCGAGAAGAGAGACCUGAUGUGGAUAAGGUCUACAUGACCUUUGUGCAAGCAACAAGUGGAGGUGGAGGAUGGCCCAUGAGUGUGUGGUUGACCCCUGAGCUUCGACCAUUCAUUGGAGGCACCUACUUUCCUCCCAGAGACCACGCAAGAAGACCUGGGCUCAUAACAGUCCUCACUCGAAUCAUGGAUCAGUGGCAGAAUAACCGUCCCACUUUGGAGUCCAGCGGGGAGAGGAUUCUGGAAGCUCUGAAGAAAGGCACGGCGGUCGCUGCAAACCCAGGGGAUAGUCCUCCACUGGCCCCAGACGUCGCUAAUCGCUGCUUCCAGCAGUUGGCCCACUCUUAUGAGGAGGAGUACGGAGGCUUCAGAGACGCUCCCAAGUUCCCCACGCCAGUGAAUCUGAUGUUCCUCAUGUCAUACUGGUCUGUGAAUCGCUCCACCACAGAGGGGGACGAGGCUAUCCAGAUGGCGUUGCACACGCUCCGUAUGAUGGCGCUGGGAGGCAUCCACGACCAUGUUGCACAGGGGUUUCAUCGUUACUCCACAGAUUCCUCCUGGCACGUUCCCCACUUUGAAAAGAUGUUGUAUGACCAGGCUCAGUUGGCUGUAGCCUAUAUAACUGCCUCCCAGGUAUCAGGUGAGCAGUUGUUUGCAGAUGUGGCUAAAGACAUACUGGUCUAUGUCUCCAGAGACCUGAGUGACAAGUCUGGGGGCUUCUACAGUGCAGAGGAUGCAGACUCGGUCCCAGCGUCAGGUGGACCAGAAAAGCGCGAAGGGGCUUUCUGCGUCUGGACUAGCUCAGAAGUUCGGGAGCUUUUGUCGGACGUGGUCGAGGGAGCCACUGGAUCCGCCACACAGGCAGACAUCUUCAUGCACCACUAUGGGGUCAAGGAGCAAGGCAAUGUGGAUCUAGAACAGGACCCCCACGGGGAGUUACAGGGCCAGAACGUGCUGAUCGUGCGUUAUUCAGUGGAGUUAACGGCUGCUCGCUUCGGCAUCAGCGUCGAGAAAGUCAACGAUCUGCUCGCCUCCGCCAGAACCAAAAUGGCGGAAGUGAGGAAGAGUCGACCACGCCCACAUCUGGAUACCAAGAUGUUGGCCUCCUGGAAUGGUCUGAUGCUGUCGGCCUUCGCUCGCGUCGGAGCCGUGCUGGGAGACAAGGCCUCGCUGGAUAGGGCGGUACAGGCCGGCAAAUUCCUCAAGCAGCACCUAUGGGACGCUGAACAACAGACCAUCCUCCGAUCCUGUUACCGUGGAGAUCAAAUGGAAGUGGAACAGAUAUCUCCGCCUAUUUCUGGCUUCCUGGGUGAUUAUGCCUUCAUCAUUUGCGGCUUGCUGGACCUGUAUGAGGCCACGCUGCAGGCAGAGUGGCUAAAGUGGGCAGAAGAGCUGCAGCUUAGGCAGGAUGGGCUGUUCUGGGAUGAGCAGGGUGGAGGUUAUUUCUGCAGUGAUCCCAAUGACAACACUGUACUGCUGCGACUCAAAGAAGAUCAGGAUGGAGCAGAGCCCAGCGCUAACUCGGUGUCAGCGUCCAAUCUCCUGCGUCUGUCCCACUACACUGGAAGACAGGAGUGGCUCCAGAGGUCCCAACAGCUGCUGGCAGCUUUCUCUGACCGUCUCACCAAGGUCCCCAUCGCCCUGCCUGAAAUGGUUCGGGCUCUCAUGGCCCAACACUACACGCUUAAACAGAUCGUGAUCUGUGGCCAGAGGGAUGCCCCGGAUACCACGAGUCUUCUAGCAGCAGUCAACUCUCUCUUCCUACCACAUAAGGUCUUGAUGCUUUUAGAUGGUGAUGAAGAGAGUUUCCUCUGCCAGCGUGUGCCUGCACUCUCCUCCAUGUCGCAGCAGGGUGGUGCAGCCACAGCCUACGUCUGCCAGGACUUCACCUGCUCUCUGCCCGUCACCGACCCCCAGGAACUACGCAGGCAACUGCUGGAUGGGCAGACGGAGACGCAGUCAGAAUGACGAAUCCAGUAUUGACUGACUGAUAUUUAACAGAAAGGGUCGUAAUCUCUGAAGACGUCACUAUUCCAGUCUGCAGCCAUAGCCUAGCUCAUUUCUCUUUGGCUUCUGAAGUCUGGCUUUGCCAAUAGAAGAAUUCCAUUGCUUAAAAAGCAUAUGCUACUUUGGUUGGAGUAGUUGCCAUGAGGUUACCCAUGAGGUCCUCUACUAGUCGUGUACGACUCUAAUGUUAGCCUAUUAUUUAUUACCUCAAAUAUCAACUCAAGUUUUACGUUAGCAGGCCUUCAGAGGCAGUUGAUCAGUUGAGCCAUAUUUAAAAUCAGGUGUACAAAUGUUCUUAUCAGGAAACACCCACAGCAGCAAUGGCAGCCUACUGAAAAUAUGUAGCACUUGUAGAAAAUGUCCUAACCUGACUGUUAAACUACAGACCCUUACUAGACCAUGACCUAAAAACCACUUGGAUGAAUAUUGCAGAUGAACCCAUCUGUCCUGUGGUCUUCUCCUAGCCCUGCAUUCCAGCUCCCACAUUCAUUUCACAUGGAUCUGAGUAUGAGUAGAAGCCUGCAUGCCUGUGUGUGUGUAUGUGUGUGUAAAGGGCUGGUGUGCAGGUUUGUAUGUACCACUGUCCAUACAUUUUAAAAGUUUAUCUCUUCUGCAUUUGACUUCAUUUGUUGUGGUUUCACAGCGAUCGAGCUAACGAGCUUCCGUUUACCAUCUGCUCUCACCCUCGUUUGUCUGUUAUCUCGAAUCCACCGCAACAUGAGACGAACCUUCUCCACCGUAGCAGUCGUCUCAUGGGUUUUCUCUCAAGGUUUAGAUAACAAAAAAAUAUACAACAUGUAUACAUGCAACCCUUAAUAAUAAAGAUACUACUCUUGUAA